AUCUGCCGUCAUGCGAUUAAUACAAUAACCUUUUUCGUAAAUCCAUCAUAUGACAAACUAAUCCCCCUAAAAGCAGCCGCCACAACUCCUUUAGAAGAAACGUAAGUUUUUUUCUCUCUCAUGUUUUCUUCCUUACCAUCGGAUUCCUUUUCUCGAUACCUACUACACAAGUACCUAACCUACCUGUUUACCGGGUACCCCGGUGGCAUGACGCCGCAGCAGUCCAAGUGGGCUGGUCCAAGAUCCGGGGUGUAAGUUCAGCGCGAACCGCAUAGAGCUCCCUAGCUAGGAAAACAAUACCUACAAGAGGGUAUAAUAUUACAAUUUACACUUACAAAGGAGAUUCCUCGGAAUACCAAGCUGACGCCUCGCCUGUGAUUGUUUUUGGCUUGUGCUGGCUUACCUAACAAAGACCUGGUCAUGAAGCUCCGAUCUCGUCUUCGGAGCUUGCCUAUCAUCGUCUUGACGUCUCGAUGUUUUAUUCAUAUUUAGCUAAACCUUGAUCCCGUUGUAAAUCGAGUCUGACAUAUCGUCCUUAGACCUAAACUAAGUUCCCAAUUGGCUCAAUACACCGUCAUCAUAUAUUAUAUAUUUUCUCUACUGAAUAUAACGCGUGAUAAAAUUGCUUGAGACAGAGAGAGAGAGAAAGUAAAGGCACGAGAAGAAGACAUGCUCCAAGCCAUCUCCUCUCAGCACGACGCGCACCACGAGCGGCGGCGCAAGAACUCCCUCGCGAGCUUAACCGGCUCGCUACGGGACAACAAAGUCCACCUCCUGCUAGCGGCCUCCGGAUCCGUCGCCACCAUCAAGCUGCCCUUGAUUAUCGAGUCCCUAGCACAGCGGCAUCUGCAACGGAAAAACAGCGACAAGGAGCUGAGCAUCCGCGUGCUGCUGACGCCGGCCGCCUCGCGCUUCCUCGCGGGCCAGUCCCAUGAGCAACCCACCGUGUCGUCGCUGCUGUCUAUGCCUUGCGUCGAUGGCGUCUACGUAGAUGCCGACGAGUGGCGCGAGCCGUGGAAGCGCGGCGAUGCAAUUCUCCAUAUCGAGCUACGGCGAUGGGCCGACCUCCUCGUCAUCGCCCCCCUGAGCGCAAACACCAUGGCCAAGAUCGUAGGCGGCUUUGCCGACGGUAUCUUAACGAGCGUUGUGCGCGCUUGGGAUGCGUGGGGCGAACUUGACAGUGACCUGCUCCUCGCCAACGGCGACCAGCCUCUCCUCAACGGAGAUAGAAGGAGGAGAGAGAAGAAGCAUAUCAUUGUCGCGCCGUAAGUACUCCUCGGCCUACUCCCAAGAACUAUAUACACCAGCGGAUCGUCGCUGCAAUCAUGACUUAAACUCUACUGUGCUAACGCGCCGUCCCCAGCGCCAUGAACACGGCCAUGUGGCGACACCCCGUCACAGCGAAAUCGCUGCGCGUGCUGGAAGAAGAAUGGGGCGUCAAUCGAAACAGUCGCAAAGCGCAGCAGACCACUGCCACCGCGGAGGAAGGCCACGCGGUAGAAGAGCAGGUUCAAAGCGAUGAAGCCGCCGCCGCUGACAACGGCGAAGGUGGCUGGUUCGAGGUCCUACGGCCACAGCAGAAGACGCUUGCGUGCGGCGACGUGGGAGACGGCGCUAUGAUGGAAUGGAAGGAUAUCGUUGCCGU